UGAAUGCUUAUUGGCUAGAAAUCAUUCGUGGUUUCAAUCCGGAACAAAUGUGGUGGUGAAAGUUUAGACUGCUUUAUUUUAGUGCCGUUGCCGGUUUUCCGGGACACGCGGCGCUGGCUACGUUUGACGGAGGGAGGCAGAGAAUCGCCCUGCGACAUGUCCGUUUUCCACGACGAAGUGGAGAUAGAGGACUUCGAGUACGAUGAGGAUACGGAGACCUACAGCUAUCCGUGCCCCUGUGGAGACCGCUUUCUUAUUACGCGGGAAGAUCUGGAAAAUGGGGAAGAUGUGGCUACCUGUCCAAGUUGUUCACUUAUAGUCAAAGUGAUCUACGACAAGGAACAAUUCAUGUGUGGCGAAGAAGUCUCACCCCUUACAGAAAGCAAAAAAUUAGUUAAAUGCUGAUAACCAUUGAAUAAAUAAUGCUCUUCUUGAACAGCGUAGCAACAAUUGGACAAAAAGGACAUCUGUUAUGAAGACUUCAUGUUUUAUGCUUUAAUAAUUUAUUGCUUACAAACAGCUUCAGUUCAGGGGAACUGAUGUGGUGAAAAAAAACUAUAUUUAUUUGUGCAUAAAGAGACACUGCAAAUAAGUGAUAUUUAAAAGUAGUGAAUAACCUAUCAAGUUUAAGACUGAAAAUGGAUAUGGUAGACAUGCAUAUCGUGUCAUGAAUGUUUGUUGAAUGCUUCUAUUGAACCUGGACUCUUUGAUUCUUCUGACUAAAUACAAAAUGUAAACUAUUGGUUUUGUUUUUUAACAAAGAAAAACUGCAGCUUUUUUUAGAAAGGAUACAGUAAUACAAACCUUCAAAUUCAGUCCUAUAAUAUGCACCAUCUCCCAAUCAACUGGAGCUAAAGUUUUUUUGAAAAACACACUUUUUAGUUGUUUAUGGAAGGCUACAAGGCAGGGAGCCAUGAUGUCUCAGGAGGGGAGUGGUAUUCCAAAAAGUGAGGGCUACCAUGGAGAAAGUUUGCUAUCCAAUCAAUCCCCUACAUAUUUGUUCCAUAUGAGGGUAUGAUAUUCCCAACAGCCUUCUCUGGAUAAUUAUUCCCUACUGAAUUGGGCAAUAUCAAAGAAGCAAAAACUAUAGACUUCAUUAAUUAAAGAUAUCAUUAAUGUGAAUGUUAGAAUUUUGGAAGUAGAGGAAUUUCUCACCCCCAUUUAAACUGAAUUCAUUAAGGUGGAAUCUCUUUGAAUGAUUUGAAGUUUCUUUUCUCAGGUUUCUAGCUAAGCUGAAUUGUUUACAAAAUAAACUGUCAAGUGACUCACCCUCUGCCCAGGAUGAGCAAGAACAUUCAAUUUUAACAAUCCAUUAUUUGAUUUGUCAUUUAUGCUAUAUUUAAAAUGACUUUACCACUAAUAAGGAGUCAUCUGACUUGAGUCAAGAAUCCACUGAUAAGCAGUGGAGCAGUAUUUAAACUGGUGUUGUUUUUGACUGCUAUAUACCAAUUGCACUUAUUGUCUCAGAGGUUGCCCUACACAGAGUAUGCAGUAGAAUCCAGUUGUAGUAAUCAGGUGUGAGUUUAUGUCAGUCCAUUCUAAUCAUAUAGAGUUGUAAACAUUAACUAAAGUCUUUGUCAUAGCAUCUACCUGCUGCUUGAAGCAGGGAUGACCACAGUUCAUAAACAUCCCUUGAGGAAAGAGUAUAAAAACCUGAAUUAAUACCAGGACUAAUGUUAUCAGAUUUGCCAGAUGUUUAUUCAUGACUAAUAACUGUCUUGUAGGAUUUAAUCUCUACUUGUUUCUGUCUGUCAGCUUGUUUCUGUCUCCAUCCAGAUUCUUACAGUCCUUAGACACCAGGACUUUAAUGGUAUCUCUAGUUCAUCCUGGGGUGAUGAUGUAAAAUUAAAAGUAAUCAAAGUACAGUAGAACCUCUGGUCACGACCAUAAUUUGUUCCAUAACUUUGGUCGCAACCUGAUUUGGUCGUGACCCGAACCUAAUUUUGGAAAUUUGGCACUUACAAAAAAAUGGCACAGAAGGGGAAA